AUGGACUCUAAUCCAAGUGGAAAUGAUGGGGUUAGGAUAUCAAGUGACUCCUCCAGUCAAGUUCAAGUAAGAGAUGAACAAGUAAGAGAUGGUGGAGAAUCAAUGACAACAAAAAAGAAGAGGAAAACAUCACUUGUUUGGAAUGACUUUCAUGAAGUUGAACUCCCUGAGGGUGGGCGAAAAACAGUUUGCAACUAUUGCAAAUGUAGAUUUGCUACUGGUGGAAAUGGAGGCAGCACUAGCCAUUUGAGAAGGCAUUCACAAAAUUGCUUGCAAAGGAAAUUAGACCAAGGACGACAUAAGCAAUCCACUCUAGCAUUUCAACCGACAAAUUCUUCCUUGAACCCUUUCCUUACACCCGGAGGUAAUUAUUCUAAUGAAAAGAUGAGAGAAAUUAUUGCUACUGCUAUUAUGGUUCAUGAGUAUCCUUUUAGCAUUGUGGAUGAUACAAUUUGGAUGUGGGGCUUUAAGUUUGCUAAUAAUGAAUUUGAGAAAGUCUCGCGUCAGACAACAAAAAAUGAUUGCAUGAAAAUAUAUGAGGCAGAAAAAAAAUUUAUUACAGCUUUACUGAUGAGUGUGAAUAAGAUAAGUUUAACCACUGAUAUGUGGAGAUCUAGUCACCAAGUUGCUGAAUAUAUGGUUAUCACUUGUCACUUUGUUGAUUCAGAAUGGAAUUUACAAAAAAGAGUUUUGAGUUUUGUUAAAGUGCCACCUCCAAGGCGUGGAGUUGAUGUUUCUGAUGCAAUUUUUAAAUGUUCACAAUUAUGGGGUAUUGAAAGUAAAGUAUUUUCAGUGUCGGUUGAUAAUACUGCUUAUAAUGAUGUUUGCAUAAGAAACCUCAAAGGCACUUUAUCAAGAAACAAUAAUUUAGUCCUUAGUGGAAAGUUAUUUCAUGUGCGAUGUUGUGCACAUAUAUUGAAUUUAUUGGUACAACAUGGUCUUGGUCAGAUAAAGGAUAUCAUUGAAAAUGUUCGUGAAAGUGUUAAAUAUGUUAAUCAAUCUGACUCAAGGUUGAAGACAUUUAGCGAUAUAGUUAAGCAGAUGGGAAUAAAAGAAAGGAAGUUAGUUAUUGAUUGUCCCACUAGAUGGAAUUCAACAUAUGAAAUGUUAUUUAUUACUUGCAAAUUCAAAGAUGUAUUUCCAGAAUACAAAGAGAGGGAGCCACACUAUAAUUACUUGCCAUCUAAUGAGGAUUGGGAAAAGGUUGAAAAAGUUUGUAAUCUCUUAGAAGUUUUCAGUCUUGCUACUAAUGUCAUAUCAGGAAGUGAUUACCCCACAGCCAAUUUAUAUCUUCCUGAAGUUUAUAGGAUUAAAGAAGUGAUUGAUGCUGCAGUUGAAGAUAUUGAUGAUUUUAUGAGAGGAAUGGCAAAGCCAAUGAAAGAAAAAUUUGACAAAUAUUGGGGGGAAUGCAAUUUGUUGAUGGCUAUAGCAAGUGUAUUGGACCCAUGA